CACAGUAAUACCAUGAUCAGUGAACCAGUUUCUGGUAGUUCUGGCUUCACUGUGGACAGGUGCCAAGUCCGGCUGGAAAAGGUAAUCAGUAUCUCCAUAAAGUUUCUCAGCAGAUGGAAGCGUACGGCUCUUAAAUCUCCUGAUAGAUGGCUGACAGUGUUGAAUCUGGACUUGAUAAAAACCAGUGGACCAACGGCAGCAGAUGAAAUGACACCCUAAACCAUCACUAACUGUGGAAACAGCAAACACUGGACUACAAACUCCCUGGAUUCUGUGCCUCUGAGAUCUUCCUCCAGAUUCUGGGAAAUUGAUUUUCAAAUGAGAUUCAAAAUUUUGUUUUAUCUGUUAACAGGACUUUGGACCACUGAGCAACAGUCCAGGUCUUGUUCUUCUUAGCCAAGGUGAGACGCUGCUUCAGGAUUGGCUCGACACUUAGAACGGGGAACUUAUAGUCCACUUCCUGGACUCAUCUGUGUGGUGCCUCUUGAUCCACUGACUCCAGUCUCAGUCCACUCCUUGUGAAACUCCCCUAAGUUCUUGAAUCUGUUUGACAAUCCUCUGAAGCUUGAGCUCAUUAUUGUUUCCCCUUCUCCUUUUCUUACAACACUUUUCUCUUCAGCCAACUUUCCAUGAACAUGCUUUGACCCAGCCUCUGAGAACAGCCUUGGCUUUCUGCAGGGACCUUUUGUGGCUUACCCUCUUUGUGCAGGAUGAUAAUGAUUGUCCUCUGGACAUUUGUCCAGUCAGCAGUCUUCCUCAUGAUUGUGGUUGUGUAUACUUAACCAGAGUGAGUGAAUGAAGGCUCAGGAAACCUUUGCAAAUUGUACUUUCCACAAUAUUCUAAUAUUUUGAGAUAGUGGAUUUUUGAUUUUCAUGAGCUGUAAAGCAUAAUCAUCGAUAUGGAAACAACGCUCUUUUAGAAGCUCUAUGGAGCUUGCACAUCUACUGGCUACAGUACGGUAGUUGAGCUUCCAGCCUCUGAUGAUUGUUGUGAGAUGAGCAUUUCCAGCCAAACCGUAACUCAGCAGUAAUGGUAACAGUAAUGCUAUGCUUCCCAUUCCUUUUGAUUGCACAAUUAUGACCUAAGGAGGGAGAAAAGCAGUUAAAAAGUGGCACCAAACCCCGGCAGUCUGGCCUGUGUUGUGUAUUCCAGUGUGUUUGAAACAGUAAAGCAGCUGUUUGAAAUACAAUGUGGAUUUUUGAUCAUCUGCAUGUAUUUACAAUAAUGAUGUUAUUUGUUUUGGCACUUUAUUCUUGUAUAUAAGUUGCAGUCAAAAAUUUUGAUGAAAAUUUCGUACUAAAAGUGCAGCUUAAACACCAAAUCUUUCGGUAAUACUUUUAUUUUUAAGGUUGUAUAGUUGCUAAAAUAAUGCACUUUUUUCUGUACUAAAGAUGAAUAUUGGCCUUCAUUUUAUUGAUUUCUGGUUGUUUUGAGGUAUCGCUGCAUCCCUAAUUUUAGCAUAAUCACCCCCCCUCAGCAUCAUGACUCAUCUCCAGUCAGACAAAUUUUUCUCUGUCUCAGAUUUUCCCGUUGUUAACAUUUACAUGGAGCUCCACUAAUGAUUUUCACCUCAGUCAUGUAUUUUUCUGACCUCCAGAGCUGCGCCCCGUUGUCCACAGUCACUUCCCCUCCGAGUCACACGAUGAGUACGCUGAAACCUGCGGCCCCGCUCCCUUUUCCUGCGUGUCAGCGUCGGUGACUCACUGGGGUGAAGGUCUGAGAUGAGGUCAGUGAGUUGUUUGUGGAGCACGAAAGCAGGAAGUUUUUAUAGCUAAUACCCUCACCCACCCACUCCCCUCCUCCCACCCCCAUGGUUACAUGAAGAAUCUCAUGCCUGCACUUUAGGUUAUAUCACAGCAGAAGCAGCCCAGUGUCAUAGAAACAAUCGAAACAAUCAAAUAAUGCUUCAUACAGCUUUAAUUUCUAAUUUUUAAUGUUAUUUAUGCCUUAAGUAAUGAGUAAAUUUCUCACAUCUUUGAAAAUAGCCUUCCUCCUCCAACAAAAGAUUUAACAACUGCACAGAAACAUCUCUAGACAAUCCGACAGACUGAAAAGAAAGGGGCAAUCCCUCUCCUGUUCAACUAUAGCGAGUAUCAGAAACCCUAAAGCUAUACCUCUAGUUUGGAUGGUCUUAAAUCAUUUCACUUGAACUUGAAAAUGUUCAAAACUGCCAUGAUUUCAUCAACAACUCAUCUCUGCUUAUGUAUGAAGAUUUCUCAGUUUGUGAUUGUAUUUAUUAGAUAUGAAAGCCUGUAGAUCAGGGGUUUAUGAAAGCAGUCUGGCAUUCAUUUCAUCCCCACCAGUGAGUUUUUAUGCUGAAGUUGUGUAUUACAGCCCUAUAGAGAGCUCCCCGCCAACAUCAUCAACCACUGUUAAAUCUGAACUGUUAGCUAGAUGGACAGACCUGCUAGCUCCGUCUGUGUCUCACGUGACAAGGCCUUUACUAAUGAAUUGUUGCCAAGUGGACUGAACACUGGCUUUUUAAAGCGGGACGUCUGUAUAAAUGGACAACUGAACUUUGAUUUACUAAUGUUCAGACGCUACUUUUGUACCAUUCUGACACAUGAUAAUAAAAUAAACACUUAACACUAAAAGCCUGUUGCAGUUCCUCACUGGGUGGACGGGGAAAAUCCAACGUUUGAUAAUGCUGAGAAAUCAAAAUGACUGAUGUGAGGUUUUAAAACCUACUUCUUCUUUUUUCUUCCUGAUAGUUUGAGUCAUGGCUAACGACAUCUACCUCAAGCACAUGAGAGGCGCUUUUGGUUUUUAUCGAUUUCAGUGAUCCUGUUGGACAAAGAGGAACCUCCAGUCUGCUGAUUUAGUCCUAUGGAUGUGCAACAGGACCACCAGAUGGCGCCAUUCUUCCUCCCUCUUUAUUUCACGGUUUAGCAAUGAGACAGGCGAUAUCUAGAGGCCAGACUUCGCUACUGCAGUAUCACAGUGUAUGUUGCUUCUGUUGUGCAACGAAAGCGUCGAAGUCCAAAAUCCUCUUCAAGCUUCUGUGGGGUUACUCUUUACCUACCGACGCGUCACGUGGUCGGAAAUUAGUGCAUGCGGGCAGAGAAGUACCCGGAUGAUACACAUCCUAUCUGACUAACAGGCGGGACCGAACCGAGCAGAGAACCAUGGAUUUUAUGACGGAUCAAGAUGUGCAAAGGUACCUGGAGGACGGGUAUGUCAUCCUGGACGGGCUGCUGACCCCACAGGAGUGUGACGAGCUGAGGCAGAGGAUGUCAGAGAUAGUGGACCAGAUGGACGUCCCUGAGCACUGCCGCACCACCUUCUCCACCUAUCACGACGAGCAGCUCAAAACACAGGGAAAUGCUGACUAUUUCAUCACCAGCGGAGAUAAGAUCCGCUUUUUCUUUGAGAAAGGAGUUUUUGAUGACAAAGGGGAGUUCAUUGUACCAAAGCAGCGGUCACUAAAUAAAGUCGGGCAUGCCCUCCAUGCCUAUGAACCAUUGUACAAGAAGGUUACACAUUCACCCAAAGUGCAGGGUAUAGCAAAGAAGCUGGGCCUUGUAAGUCCUGUGAUUCUGCAAAGCAUGUUCAUUUUUAAGCAACCUGGGAUAGGAGGAGAAGUGACACCACAUCAAGAUGCCACAUUUCUGUAUACGGAGCCUCUGGGUAGAGUGAUGGGGCUGUGGAUCGCCCUGGAAGACGCCACUGUUAACAAUGGCUGCCUGUGGUUUAUCCCAGGAUCGCACAACAGUGGUAUUUCUCGGCGUAUGGUGCGCACCCCAAAAGGCACCUUUCCCCUGACGGACUUCACUGGUCGAGAGCAGGAAUAUGACGAGAAAAAGUUUAUUAGUGUACCGGUUAAAAAAGGAGGUGUAGUCCUGAUCCACGGGGAGGUUGUUCAUCGCAGUGCUGAAAACACGUCUGAAGACUCCCGUCAUGUCUACACCUUCCACAUUAUGGAGUCCCAGGACACAUGCUGGAGCCCCGACAACUGGUUGCAGCCCACUGAGGAGCUCCCCUUCCCAUCUCUCUACACAAAAUAAAGGAUAAUUUUAGUAUUUGUUGCUACAGCUCAGGCAAAGACGAGCUCUAUGCUUUCCUGAAGAAGGACCAAUUUGAAUGAAUGAACUGUUUUUAAGGGUGAAAUCUUGCCAUUGGCUUGAAUUGUAUAAGACGCCAUAUUUUUCUCUAUAUUGCAAUUAGAAAAGAGCAAAGUUAAUGUCAAACAGUUAUCUAUAUUUUCUAAAUGGAUAUUUUAAUAGUCAGGGAAAACAACUUAAUACCUUUUUUUUACAUUUUCAAUAUUUAUAGAGAACCAAUAGGAACAUGGGCUGAAAAAAUAUUUCAAGAAAACUUUCUGGUGCACAUCAGAAACUAACCUGAGAUCACAAAAAGUUUAUUUUUCUUCUUGUGAUUUAAUUCAACAAGUGAAACUUCAAUAUAUUCUAGAUCCAUCCUAUACAAAGUGAAAUAUUUCAAAACUUACAGCUCACACAGAUAAAAAAUCCAUUAUCUCAAAAUAUUAGAACAUCACAAAACAUCAGUCCAAAAAAGAUUUAUAAUACAGAAAUGUUGACCUUCUGGAAAAUUCUGCUCUUUUAUGCACUCAGUAAUUGGUUGGAGCUCCUUUUGCAUGAAUUAUUGCAUCAGUGCGACAUGGCAUGGCGCCAAUCAGUCUGUGGCACUGCUGGGGAGUUAUAAAGCCCAGGUUGCUCCGAUAAUAGCCUUCAGCUCUUCUGGAUUGUUGAGUCUGGUGUCUUACAUCUUCCUCAGAGAUCCUCUAUGGAGUUCAGGUCAGACCAGUUGGCUGGUCAGUAAAAGGUCAGUAAACCAGACCAACGGUCUAGUUGUUUCUCUCCUUAGCUCAGGUGAGACGCUACUGACGUCUGUGCUUCAAGAUUGGCUGGACACUCAAACACCACACUUGUAGUCCAGUUCCUGGACCCGUCUGUGUGGUGGCUCUUUAUCCUCUGACUCUAGCCUCAGUCCACUCCUUGUGAAGCUCCCCUAAGUUCUUGAAUCUGCUUUGUUUGACAAUCCUCUGAAGGCUGAGCUAAUCCCUGUUGCUUGUGCUCCUCUUCUUACCACACGUUUCCCUUCUAGUCAGCUUUCCAUGAAUCUGCUUUGAUACAGUCUCUGAGAACAGCAGGGACCUUCUGUGGCUUACCCUCCUUGUGGAGGGUGUCAAUGAUUGUUCUCUGGACAUUUGUCACAUCAGCAGUCUUCCACAUGAUUGUGUGUGAACUCAAUUUGAGCAAGAUUGAAGGCUCAGGAAACCUUUGCAAAUUUUCCACACUACUCUAAGAGUUUGAGAUAGCGGGUUUUUGUGAGCCGUGAGCCGUAAUUAUCGAGAUUAAAACAAAGUCUUGAAAUACUUCACUUUGUAUGAGAUUAAUCUAGAAUUUAUGGCCUCACUUCUUGAAUUAAUUCACAGGAAAACUAAACUUUUUUUGUGAUAUUUUAAUUUUAUGAGAUACACUAGUAUAGUCAGUUCAAUCAGCUGUUGCAGUCAUGUGUCCAUGGGAAAGUCAGAUGAUUUUAAAGCACUGUAAAUCUUACGUCCUUCCACAACUCAUUCUUUUAUACUCUUUCUGCCCAUGUCCCUCUUGGAGCUUCAUAAAUCAUCCAUGCAAAAGCCAACAUUUUACAGUAGAUACACUUGUAUCAGGCGACUUAGUAUUCACAUGCAUAACUCUUGUUGGUGUGUUUUUAUGUGUUAGAAGAAGACGGCAGAGCCUGUUUUUUUACAGACAACAGGAUUGUAUUUUCAAGUAAUUUCAUCUUAAGAUGCAACUUAAAUAAUUUAAAAAACAUGUGCGUAUAAACAAUCAUGAAUCACAACAACAUAUCCUAUAUGAAGAUUUAAAACAAACUGAAAAGCAAAAUGUAUGCAGUCAAAGAAAGUUCACUCAGAGCUCUUCAGCUGUGAAAUAAUUUCUAAACAAAAUCUGUUUUAAUCUCUGACCUCCAAAACACUCAACAUGCAGCAUUCCUUUUUUUUUAAAAAUGUAAUAAUGGCAAAU